AUGAAGUUGCCUUCCACCAAACACCAACCUUUAGCUUUAUCCUCCCUCCAUAUUUCCAUGUCCCUACCCUUAAUAUAUUUCUCUUCCUUUUUCACACCCCCCUUCUUUUUCUUCUGCCACCAUUCAUUCUCUCAACUUCACAAAAUGUGACCCAGUCGUGAUAAAAACAUUGACAAUUCCUUAAACCAAACCAUAAAAAAUGGCUACUGUUUUUCGUCCCAUUUUCUCACCUUUCCUCUCUGUUAUCUUCCUCUUACUUCACCUUGGCUGCUUCAUCUUCUCCUCAGCUUCUCAUAAUCAGCCCUCAAAAAAACGAAAACUCCCUUCUGAUCACCAUUCCAAAAACAAAGCAACUAAGGUUAUUUCCUCUUCUUGGUCUUACAUUAAACGUAUUUUCUCAUCAAAACCAGACCCCAUUCAAAAAAUUACUACUAGCCCAACUCACCAUAACCCUUCAAUCCAAUCUCCAUGUUCUUCCACAAGGUCCCUUCACAAACCCAUCUUUCCUAUUUCAUCCGAUGAUCCGAUUACCCGCUCCGUUUAUCCAGUACCCGAAUCCGAUAUUUGCGCCGACCAGCUUUUCUUCCCUUUACGUAACGACAUCUAUCCUUGUACCCUAUGUGGGGAAGUAUUCCAGAGCCCGAUUCAUCUCGAACAACACCAGUCCAUAAAACAUGCAGUUUCAGAGCUCAUUGACGGUGAUUCAGGUAAGAACAUAGUUCGGAUCAUUUUCAAAACGGGUUGGCCCGAGAAGAAAAAUAACCCGAUCAUCCAUCAGAUCCUAAAGAUUCACAACAGCAAGAGGAUUUUAACCCGGUUUGAGGACUACAGAGAGCACGUGAAGUUUAAAGCCAGUCGAAACGUCGUCGUUAAGAGGGACGAGAGGUGUAUAGCUGAUGGAAAUGAACUGUUGAGGUUCCAUUGUACUACGUUCAUGUGUGAGCUGGGGCAAAAUGGUAAUUCCAGCAUCUGUAACCAGCAGUACUGUAGUGUGUGCGGGAUUAUAAAGAGCGGGUUCUCAAAUAAGAUGGACGGAAUUUCCGUGCAACCUACGAGUUGGAGGGCGCACGCAGCGGUACCUGAGGAGAUUGAGGAGGAAUUCGGGUUCAUGAACGUGAAGCGGGCGAUGUUGGUUUGUCGGGUCAUUGCGGGUCGGAUCGGGUGUGACCCGGAUUUGGCGGAUAAAGAGGAUCCAGGGUUUGAUUCCUUGGUGGGUAGGGAAAAUGGGUUCCAGUCGAGAUUGGAUGAAGAAGAUGAGUUAUUGGUAUUUAAUCCGAGGGCUGUGCUUCCUUGUUUUGUGAUUGUGUACACUGUAUGAUUAAUGGUUGUGAUAAUUAUAAUGUGAUGUAUGUUUCGUGGGGAAUUUGGUGUGAAUCGUCAGUGUUACAAACUUUAUAGAUAGAUAUUAGAGUGAAUACCAGUGUAACUGCAUCUCAAUGGUAAUGUUAUGCACUUUUUUCCCUUUAGGUUAAAGUAUCUUUAUUGCAUUAA